AUGGGCCAAGGAGAAGAUGCAGCCAGUGCAGAGCAGUAUGAUGAACAGCAGAACGAAGCGGAGCCUAGGAAAAGGACUCGGUGCAACCCACCCACGUACCAUCCUGGAAAGGACAUGGAGAUCGCGCUCUUGAUCGUCGUUUGGAGCCGCGGGUUGGAUGUCGCCCCAGAGGACAAUCGCGUUUAUAUCGCCCCAGAGGACCAUCUCUUUUCGACGAAGAAGAUCAGUCACUGGGCUAUCCAGAUCGGAGAUACGGUUUACGAGUACGGCCUUCACGACCACGAGUUGAAGAUUGUGCCAGCAGAUAAGUGGCAUCACGAAGGAAAACAUGACCACGAGAAGCGUCAGCUGGAAAUCACUAUUCGAGAUGGCGGACAUCAUCCCACACACCCUCGAAAUAGGCGAGGCGGUAGUCAUCCGAUCACAGUAUUGCGAGAUUGGACGCAUCUCAGCGCACAUCGAAUCGACCUGUACGCAAGAAAGAUAUACCAACAACAGUUCAAGGGCAAGUACAACUUUUGUACCCGGAAUUGCCAAAUUUUCGUGCGGUGUCUUCUUUUCCGAAUUUGGAAAACGGAGGCUUGCAUGGCCGCCACAAUUCGGCUUCGUUCCGGAAAUGUAGUUGAGAAAGGAAGAGGUGCUGAAGCUAUUGAAGGGCGGAGUUCAAAGCAAGUCUUCGACCUGGUUCAAACUGCUGCCUUCACAGAUGGAAUAAAGCAAGUGGACGAACUACCUGUGUGGCAUAAGAAAGUAGCUUGGGCACCCCUAUGCUGGUGGGAAGGGGAAGUGAAAGUGCCGACGUUUGGUCAAGCGACGGCAGGCGGAGGUAUCCGGGCGGAAGGCAGUACAAGAACGGUGAGCACUCUACAGAGUCCAUGGUUCGGCGGUUCGAGGCCUCGCGAAUGGAUCUGUUACUACUGCAAAGAUGGCAAGGAUUUCCAGACCGAAGAUAUUUGCGCUAUAUGCGGGCACAGCUACUGGUGGUAG